ACCUCGAAAAGAACACACGUCAUAUCAUUACCAUGGAGAACCAUCAGAUAUAUCGCCACAAAAAGUUCGAUGUGGGUCGAAAGGUUGAGCAAGUCGAUGAGUUGCUCCUCAAAGAAGAACUUAUUUCCCGGAGCGGCACACCCUGCACCAGCCAAAGUCCAUUCGAUGAGGCUGAUCAGUCCAUCAGUCUCGAGUUCAGCGACCACGAAACCGACUUUCCUCCACUACCAAAGCGCCGUCGUCUGGGCUCCUCAUCCUCGAGCGUUUCUUACCACUCACCCAGUCCAAUCAUGACCGAAGCCAUCCAAGAUAUCUUCAAGUACCACGUCAAUAUGGUGCGAAAGUUUCCUAAGAAGGAGCGGUCGCCUAAGGAUCAGGAGCGCCGGAACAAGAACACCAUUGCCUGCAGGAUGAGCCGGCGGAAGAAGAAGAUCGAUGACCUUCAGAUCGAACAGCACUACAAAGAGUGCUCCAUCGAACACCUCAAGAUCGCCGAGCAGAGCCUGCGUGCCAGAGUCUACCUUAAUCACCUCAAGCAGCUGGUCAAGCAGGAUGACCACCCGCAGCCCACUCCAAGAAGAAUCCAUGAGGAGCAUAGAAAGAGAAAUUUUAGCAUCGACUACCUGAUUGGUGGCCUUAAGCAGGAGAACGCCUAGUCUUCUAGCCCUCGAAUGGGCUUUGUACUAUAUAAUUAAGUAUUAUUUUAAUGCUAAGUUGUUAAGUUUCUUUAAGAAAGUUCAAGUCUGGGAAAUGCAAAA